AUGGUUAGGCCUCCCACUCGGCCUUUGAAGUUGGACGAUUUCGAAGCAGCAGAAAUGGGCAUAGCCUCUCCUUCCACAAACACCACUAAGAUAAUCAUCGUGUCCGCCAUGUUUCCCCUGGAGAAGUCAAAGCACUCUAAACACGAGUAUAAAGCUUGGUUGAAAAACUUCCUAGCGCCUAUCACCACGGACAUCUACAUGUACACAACUCCAGAACUUGCAGAGAUGCUCCAGGAGUUCCGUGGAAACCUUCCUAUUGUAGUCAACACCUCUUACGCUUCGCCAUUUGAAAUUCCCCCGUUGCGCGGACUUCAAGAAACAUACACUAGGAUGAACGACGUUGACAAGGAGAAGUGGCACCAUUCUCCAGGGCUUUAUGCCAUAUGGAACUCCAAACCUUUCUUAUUGCACUCGGCGGUACAGCAAUUGGAACAACAGGGAAAGUCGUAUGAUUAUGCAUUUUGGAGUGACGCAGGAAGCUUUAGGAGGGAGCACUAUUAUACCAACUGGCCUGACCCUGGACGAGUGCAGCAGGUCUGGGAGGAAGGGAGUAGAUUGACGGGAACAAAGAAAGAAGAGCUGUUGUUCUUUCCUAUUUUUGACCUCCCAAACAACAGCUUCAAAAAUUGGAAGGUCAAUAUGGGACCACUCGCAAACCCAGUACAGUUCAGCGAAGGCUCUUUUUUUGGUGGUAGUCCGUUAACGGUGGCAUGGUUCUCUGAAAAAUUUUACGAAUAUCACGACUAUUAUUUGUACCACUGGCUCUUUGUGGGAAUCGAUCAAGACGUGUUCAACGCUUUAUUCUUGCUAUUUCCCGAGCGAAUCUUUACCGUUUGGAUGAACGACCCUGACUCCCCCGCACACGAUGGAAUUACUCCUAGUCCAAGUCUCAAACCGAGUCUGGAAUCAGGUUUUCUUGGGGAAUGUGGUCCAGAAUGGUUCUAUUACCAAUUCUGGUUGGCAAACAGGGAAAAUCGGGAUCAAAUGCGAACCCUCUGGAUAGAGGAAGAAAGGUGGAGGCGGUUGGGUUGGUGGGCAGAGAGGAAACUUUGCCGUAUGACAAGAGCCUCGUCUAUGACAAGUCUACUGAAAGAGACAUUUGGAACUGAGUGGACUAAACCAUCUGGUUUGAAUGAUCUAAUUAUUGUCUUCCAGUGUUCCCCAGUAGAACCAUUAAUAGCAUAUGCUCGUGACAAUAGCAUCUUUACCAAGAAGUUGAAGGGAACAUACUAG